AUGAUGGUUUCUCUGUGCAUGCGUGUCCAUUUCAUUAGGAAAAUCAGAUUAUUUCGAACCAUGGAAGGGAAUCAUGGAAGCUACACUGAUAAGACGAGAGUGUUGGAUAUCAAACCAUUGCGUAGUCUAAAACCUGUCUUCCCCAGCGGGAAUCAAGCUCCGCCAUUUGUGUGCGCACCUCCUUUUGGUCCUUUCCCGCCUGGAUUCUCUCCUUUUUAUCCGUUUAGCUCGUCUCAAGCGAAUCAACACACUCCAGAUCUCAACCAAGCCCAGAAUCCACCUCAGCAUCAUCCUCAGUAUACACCGCAGCAUCAGCCUCAGUACCAGCCACCGCAGUUUCAGCCUCAGAUUUCGUCGGAGCCUUCGUUGGUUUCUCCUCUGAGGUCCUUCAGAUCUCCUGAUACGUCUAAUGGCGACGUGGAGCCUGAGGCGUCAACUGUGAAGAGAAAGAUCCCUAAAAAGCGUGUUGUUCGCCCUGAGAAUCUGAAUUUCGAGAGUGGGAUUAGCGUUGCAGAAAGAGAGAAUGGCAACAGGAAGGUGGUGACGAGUGUUCUCAUGCGGUUUGAUGCGCUGAGAAGAAGGUUUUCUCAGCUGGAUGACGCAAAGGAAGCAGUCAGCGGGAUAAUCAAACGCCCUGAUUUGAAAGCAGGAUCUACUUGUAUGAGCAGAGGCGUCCGUACAAACACCAAGAAAAGACCAGGCAUUGUUCAUGGCGUUGAGAUUGGAGACGUGUUCUACUUCAGGUUUGAGAUGUGUUUGGUGGGUUUACAUUCUCCGUCGAUGGCUGGCAUUGACUAUCUGAUUGUCAAGGGAGAAAAAGACGAAGAGCCUAUCGCCACUAGCAUUGUCUCGUCUGGAUAUUAUGAUAACGAUGAAGGUAAUCCCGAUGUUUUGGUUUAUACUGGUCAGGGUGGUGGUAAUGCUGAUAAAGAGAAGCAAACCUCUGACCAAAAGCUUGAAAGGGGUAAUCUUGCGCUGGAGAAGAGCUUGCAAAAGAAUAGUGCGGUUAGAGUAAUAAGGGGCUUGAAAGAGGCUUCUCAGAGCGCGAAGAUCUAUAUCUAUGAUGGCCUCUACGAGAUCAAAGAGUCAUGGGUUGAGAAAGGAAAACUGGGACACAACACCUUCAAGUAUAAACUGGUGAGAGCUCCUGGUCAGCCUCCUGCAUUUGCUACAUGGACUGCGAUCCAGAAAUGGAAAGCGGGUAUGCCUUUAAGGGAAGGGUUGAUUCUUCCAGAUCUCACUUCCGGGGUCGAAAGCAUACCUGUCUCACUUCUGAAUGACGUUGAUAACGAGAAUGGGCCUGCUUAUUUCACCUACUCCACAACGGUGAAAUACUCAGAGUCGUUUAAGCUGGCGCAGCCUUCUUUUGGAUGCGAUUGUAGCAACUCUUGCAAACCAGGGAACUUGAACUGUCACUGCAUAAGGAAAAACGGAGGCGAUUUCCCUUACUCCAGUAACGGAGUUCUAGUUAGCCGCAAGCCUAUGAUAUAUGAAUGCAGCCCGUCCUGCCCAUGCUCGGCUUGCAAAAACAAGGUGACUCAGAUGGGACUAAAAGUGAGGAUGGAAGUUUUCAAGACAGCGGAUAGAGGAUGGGGGUUGCGCUCAUGGGAUCCUAUUCGUGCUGGUUCGUUUAUAUGUAUAUAUGCAGGUGAGGCCAAAGACAAAUCGAAGGUGCAUCAAGCUAUGGCUUAUGACGAUUAUACUUUUGAUACGACCCGUGUCUACACCCCUUUCAAAUGGAACUAUGAGCCUGGCUUAGCAGACGAAGAUGCUUCCCAGGAGAUGCCUGAAGAACCUGAAAUCCCGCUGCCUCUUAUAAUCAGUGCCAGGAAUUUUGGGAACGUUGCUCGAUUCAUGAACCACAGUUGCUCCCCUAAUGUUUUCUGGCAGCCGGUUACUUAUGAAAACAACGGUCAACUCUUCUUGCAAGUUGCCUUCUUUGCUCUUUCUCACAUCCCUCCCAUGACUGAGUUAACAUACGACUAUGGAGUUUCUCGACCAAGUGGAACUCAAAAUGGCGAUACUUUACAUGGCAUAAAGAAGUGCUUUUGCGGAUCAGAGUAUUGCCGUGGUUCAUUUGGUUGA